CUGUUACAGCCUUAAAGACCAGAAGAGAGAAAACAGGGAGAAACAGAGAAAGAAAAGUCAGGCUGAUAAGAUUUAUGUUACAAAGUCUGUAUAUUAAACCGUUAAAAGGAUUUGAUGGUCACUAGUCUAGUGAUUGUACGUUAUUCUUUUUUGUCAUCAUUCAGGUUGGAUUUCAGCUUUAAUAUAUGUUUUUUUAAACAAAGCAGCUGAUAUUGCAAGCAGGAAGCUAGUGAACUGCCAAGUCACUUUCACUGAUUAAACACAUGGGAACACACAUGGAAGCUCUUUAGGACCAGGAAUGUGGAAUCUGCUUUACAGACACGCCUGUUUUGCACACGUCACUCAAACACAGAGCCAGGAAACAGGACUCGCAUGACAUCAGAGGAACUGAAACUGAAGAGUAGUUGAGCUGUUGUGUGUUUGUGCCUCUGUUAUCAUGCUGUAAAAUGGCAGAAGCCAGAAUUUCAGUGGAUCAGAAUGAGUUCCUUUGUCCAGUGUGUCUGGAUCUUCUGAAGGAUCCAGUGACCAUUCCCUGUGGACACAGUUACUGUAAGAUCUGUAUUACAGACUUCUGGGAUCAGGAGGAUCAGAAGAGAGUCUACAGCUGCCCUCAGUGCAGACAGACCUUCAGUCCAAGACCUGCUUUAGCUAAAAACACCAUGCUGGCUGAAGUGGUGGAGAAACUGAAGAAGAUUAAACUUCCUGCUGACUGUUACGCUGGAGCUGGAGAUGUGCAGUGUGACGUCUGUCCUGGAAGAAAACUCAAAGCCGUCAAGUCCUGUCUGGUGUGUCUGAACUCUUACUGUCAGAAUCACCUUGAUCAACAUGAGAGUUGGUUUAAAGGAAAGAGACACAAUCUGACUGAAGCCACUGGACGACUGCAGGAGAUGAUCUGCCAGAAACACAACGAGAUCAUUGAAGUUUUCUGCUGCACUGAUGAGAAGUGUAUAUGUGUGCUGUGUACGAUGGAUGAACAUAAAAACCAUGACACUGUAUCAGCUGCAGCACAAAGGACAGAGAAACAGCACCAGCUGAAGAAGACACAGAGGUCAUUCCAGCAGAGGAUCCAGCAGAGAGAGAAAGAUCUUCAGCAGCUGAGAAAGGCUGUGGAGUCUCAUAAGUGCUCUGCACAGACAGCAGUGGAGGACAGUGAGAGGAUCUUCACUGAGCUCAUCCGCUCCAUUGAGAGAAGCCGCUCUGAGGCCACACAGCGGAUCAGAGAUCAGGAAAAGACUGCAGGGAGUCGAGAUGAAGGACGACUGAAGCGACUGGAGCAGGAGAUCAAUGAUCUGAGGAGGAGAGACGCUGAGCUGGAGCAGCUUUCACACACACAGGAUCACAUCCAUUUCCUGCAGAGUUUCCAGUCUCUCUCAGCUCCUCCUGAAUCUACAGACGUAAAUGACGAUCCCUUCAGUUUUCUCUCCUCUUUUGAUGUCUUGAGAGAAUCUGUCCGUCAGCUGAGAGACAAACUGGAGGAUUUCUGCAAAGAGCAGCUCAAGAAGAUCUCUGACAGAGUCACUUUCACCAACAUUGUUCCCGGGACCAGGAACGACUUCCUACAAUAUUCCCAUCAGUUCACUCUGGAUCUGAACACAAUAAAUAAACGCCUCCGGCUGUGUGAGAAUAACAGAGUGAUUACUGGUACUGACACAAAGCAGCCAUAUCCUGAUCAUCCAGACAGAUUUGAUGGAUCGAAUCGUCAGGCGUUGUGUAGAGAGUGUGUGUGUGUACGCUGUUACUGGGAGAUUGAGUGGAGUGGUGAUGUGUUUAUAUCAGUGUCAUAUAAGAGCAUCAGCAGGAAGGGAGGAGAUAAUAAGUGUUUGUUUGGACGUAAUGAUCAUUCCUUGAGUUUGUACUGCUCUUCCAUCUUUGGUUGCUCAUUCAGACACAAUAAGAUAGUGAUUAAACUCCCAAUAAAGUCCAUCAUCAGGACAAUAGGAGUGUAUGUGGAUCACAGUGCAGGAACAUCUCUGGAGACACAAUGAGCCUCAUCCACACAGUCCAGACCACAUUCACUCAACCACUCUAUCCUGGGUUUGGGGUUUAUAUUGGAUCAUCAGUGAAACUGUGAUUAUGAAUCAGAAUAGACUGUAGAGAGAUUUUACCCACAAUGCUUUGAGCUCAUGAUAAAUCAGUAACAGUGAGAUGUUACAGAGUCUCUUAUUGUUCUUAUUGUAGUGUCACAUAAAUAUUUAGGGGUUUAAGCAUAAAGUGCUGAAACCCUAUUGUAAUUGCUCAGAUUUUUAUUAUUUUUUUCUUCUUCCCUAAAACUGAUCGGGCAGCCCAAACCGUAAAGCCUAGAGACUUGAAACUUUGUCAAAUGGCAGUAGUCUUGCUCGCUACUCAGAUUACCGGACUCGACCAAAUUGGCCAUUAGGUGGCGCUACAGCGAUCAAAAGUUGUAAAUCGCGUAUAACUCCUAGACCUUUUGUCCUAGAAUCAAGUGUCUUAUACCAUUGGAAUCCUUGGCUCAAGACAGACAAAACAUAUCUCUCCGAUUUCAUUUCCGCCUGGAAAAAUUGUCCACCAUUUUGAAUUUUGUCUGAAAUCCGAACUAGUCCUAGGUUUUUCGCCCGAUCGGAACCAAACCAGUGGAAAAUUGUUCUCUGGAGUCUGAAUAUCAAAAGUUAACAACAAAGGGUUGAAAUUUUGAUUCACGGUCGCUAAGGGGCACCAAAAUGUACAAUGGGGCCGGAGCCACUUUUACUAAAAAGGCUAUAACACGUGAAAGAAAUGAGAUAUUUGCAUCAAGCUCGGUUCCCAUGUGUAUGGGCUCUAUCUUUGGUCACGAUAAAAAAAUUGCAUAGAUUGGACACUAGGUGGAGCUAUAACUUGAAAAAAAACAUGGAAACAGCUGUAACUAUGCAACCGAUAGUUCGAUCAACUUGAAAUUUGGUAUGCAGUGUCAAGGAGGCAUGAUAGUCUAUGAGAACAUUGGCGUAUCUCAAAAAACAUGGCCGCCAUCGGCCAAUGAAAUUUGAGCACCUAUUAAACAAGGUUAACGGAGGCCGAUCGGAACGAAACUCGGUGGGCAUGUUCGACUCAUGGGCCUAGAGGUCUGUAAGAAUUUUGAAAGAAAUCGGCCACUGGUUGGCACUAACGAGUUUUACGCCUCAGUAAUCACGUGGUAUUUCACAGAUCCACAUAGGGUGGAUAUUGAUCUAUUGCAGGACAAGAAAUGUGAUUUUGCGGGACAAUGCGGGACACGUGUGAGACAGAUAAAUUUACAACUAUUAUGCUAUGUGAAAAUUGAUUUACAUUCGUUGGCAAACUUGGCCAAUUAAUUUUUUUCUGCCGGUGAGUGCCCAGUGCCCACACUAUAAUAUUGCGCUUCUGGCAAUAUUACAUCCUGGAGAGAAGACAAUUCUAGAUUCAUGAGUGCACAUGCAGGAAGACAAAGUUUGAGUAAGCACAUGUUAUAUCUGAGCGAGAGAGAGCGCGCGUCCAGUUUUGCGCGAGAAGAGAAUCUUCCUGUGAGUGGAGAGAUUCUUGCUUGCACAUUUGUUGCGCUCUCGUGUAACAAUAAUGCGCUCUUGACAUUUGUCAAUAUAAUAAUGCAAAUGAAACCGCCUUAAAUGAACUAUUAAAGUGAGAAGAAACUCGUGUCUGAAAGUUGCAAUCAAUUUUUUUAUUGGUUAAAAUGAAUGAACAGUAUCUUGUGUUUUUCCAUAGGUGCUUGACCACUUCCAUGCAAGGUGCUGGACCACUUCAAUGCCUGGCGCUCGAGCAUCCAUGGGAUCAGCGCAUGUUCGGUGGAAAUAUUUGAUAUCAGGAUGGAUGAUUACAUGCUUUAAUUUGGGCAGCUUUGAGCAGCUAUUGAGGUUCUUAUCCAGUAUGUGAGAUGAAAUCCUUGCUGGUGUAGCUUUGUUUACCGACUUUGCUGAGGCCCCGCACUUAGAUAUUCCUUUGCGCUGUCCACUCAGUUGUCACCAGUGCGUUGGUUAUUUUAAUAGCUUGAACAUGACGGCUGCACAAAUAGAUUGGCAGUCACUGUUUUUACAUUUCUUACUGUGGUAAAUUCAGGGAUGAAAAAAAAUAAUAAUACAGACAUAACUGAAAUGCGGGACACUGCUUACAUCUUGCGGGACACGGGACAAAGCUCCCAAUUUCGGGACUGUCCCACAAAAUGCGGGACGGGUGGUCACCCAAGAUCCACACAAUAUGCAUAUCAUUAGAUUGAUCUCCACAUUCUGAACAACUUUGCCUCAAGAACCAAUGCUGUCAAUCAAAUCGUUCAUUAAAUAUUCAUGAUUAUGUGAAAAACCUACUUUUGCGAACUCCUAGGUUUUUUGCCCAAUCGGAACGAAACCAGUGGUGGAAUUCUCUGGACUCUCUAGAUCAAUAAUCAUCAAAAAAAAGUUGAACUUUACCCUUUGGGUCGCUAUAACAGGGUCAUUUAGGAAAUGGCCGUGGCUAAAUAUACCCAAAAGCCUAUAAAGCCUAAACAAAAACUCAGAACUUCACAAAAAUAGGUGAGCACAUGCAGCAUAUGACUCUGAAGAAGCAUGCCAAUUUUUAUUGAGAUCAUACUAUAUGUGGCGCUAUAACUGUUAAAAAGCUUUAAAAAACAUGUUUUUAAUGGUUUUGGCUGAAAAUGUAUAACUUUAGGAGUGGUCGACUUAUUUUCACAGGAGUGACAUCGUUAGACUUCUGAAUCCUUGCAACAAUAGUCCGAUAUUCCAACAAUACCACGCCGAAAAAGUGGUGAAAAUUUCAAAUAUCCAUAUCUGCAACAAAAUGUGUGUAAGCACGUUUAAUUAAUUGAAUGGAAAAUAAACUUAACACAAAACAGACACUUUUAAAAUGAAAGUUAAUGAAAGUAAGCCAAUAAGAGGUCCUCUGCUGCCACCUGCUGUUUAAAAUAUUAAUCUAUACUAUUCACUAUUAUUGUUCUAUAAUUCAUAUUUAGACUUAAUAAAAUCACUAUUUUAACAUAUACUAACAUACAUUAACAUAUACUUUUGUCAAAAUUCAUCACAUUUUCAUUUUCAUUUCAACUGUUAACAUUAUUAGUUAACAGUUGUGCCACAUUAUGAGUAAAAUGAAACCUAAAAAUGAUGUUUUACUGAGAUUUGCAGAAAACAUCUUUACACAUCAUGUAUUGCAAAUACUGAAUCUACAACAUGUAGUCACAUGUAGUCAUUAAAGUUUAUUUACAGCUUUUUUAUAUUACAUAUGAUCUGUAUAUUAAUAUUUAUUGAAACUAAAUGCUUAAUAAUAACUGCUAAACUAAAAAUUCUUGUGUGUAUUGGAUUAAUAAUAAUAUAUAUCAUAUAAUAUAUAAAUCAUAAAAUAAUUCUAAGAAAUUAUCAUUAAAGCCAGACAACUUCAUUGUUAAUUUUUUUUUUUUUUAACUCCAACCGUUGCAGUCUGCC